AUGUUAGAAAGUGACGAAUCAUCGACAGCAGAUCCCGAUUCAGAAAAUAAGAUUCUUCUUGAACCUUAUGAAUAUAUACGGACUAUACCCGGCAAACAAAUACGACCGAAAUUAAUUAAAGCAUUUAAUUUUUGGUUUAAUAUACCAGACGAUAAACUUGUUGUUAUUGGAGAUCUUGUUGAAAUGUUACAUAAUGCAUCAUUACUUAUCGAUGAUAUACAAGAUAAUUCAAAAUUACGUCGUGGUUCACCUGUUGCUCAUAGUAUUUACGGUGUUCCAUUGACAAUCAAUGCUGCCAAUUAUGUUUAUUUCUUAGCUAUGCAAAAAGCGCUUACAUUGAAACAUCCUGAUGUGACACAAAUUUUUGUUGAGCAAAUGUUAGAAUUACAUCAUGGUCAAGGCAUGGAAAUAUGGUGGCGAGAUAAUUUUGUUUCACCAUCUGAAAGUGAAUAUCGACAAAUGGUUAUAAGAAAAUGUGGUGGACUAUUUAAUUUAGGUGUACGUCUUAUGCAAUUAUUUGCACCAGUAGAAAUACGUAAUACAUAUAAUUUCGAUAGAUUAUGUCAAUUAUUAUCACUUUUAUUUCAAAUACGUGAUGAUUAUUGUAAUUUAAUCUCAGAAGAAUAUACAAAUAAUAAAUCCUAUUGUGAAGAUUUAACUGAAGGAAAAUUUUCAUUUCCGAUUUUACAUGCAGUUAAUACACGUGAAACAGAUACACGUAUUAUACAUAUAUUAAAGCAACGUACACAAGAUGUUGAAUUAAAACGUUAUUGUGUACAAUUAUUACAUGAAUUUGGUUCAAUUGAAUAUACACGUCAAACAUGUGAUGAUUUAGCUAAACAAGUUUAUGAUGAAAUUGAUGUUUUAGGUGGAAAUAAUUAUUUAGAAAAUAUUAUUCAAAAUUUAAUGGAAAUAUUUCGUCAGGAUGGUGAUGAUGAAGUUGAAAAUGGACAUGAUGAUGAUGAUAUUGAAGAUGAUGAUACAUUUGUAAAUGAUCAAAUUGAUGAUGAUGAUAUCGAUGAUCAACAAACACAAUCUGAAGAAAAUAAUAUUAAUCAUAAGAAAAUGACAACGACAACUACUAAUGGUAAAUAUCAUACUUAA